AUCUAAAAAUGUUGUAAUACAUUAAUUUCAAGCACAUCUUUUUUGACUAUCUUUUUGUUAUUUUGUUGUUUUUUAAACCAGCGAUUCUUGAAUGUCCAAGCGCUAAUGAAAAUGGAUGGCGAUGCUGCUCUAGCUCCACCAGCAAAUCCUCCAUUCAAAAUAGCAGACAUUCGAGCCGCCAUUCCCAAACACUGUUGGAUCAAGAACCCAUGGCGAUCACUCAGUUAUGUCUUCAGAGACUUCUUUCUAGCUUUUGUAUUGAUGACAAUGGCAGUUUAUUUUGAUAGCUGGCUGUUCUGGCCACUUUAUUGGACUGCUCAAGGUUCUGUUUUCAUGGGAUUGUUUGUCAUUGGCCAUGACUGCGGCCAUGGGAGUUUUUCGGAUAAUCGUAUGUUGAAUUAUGUGAUGGGGCAUGUUCUGCUUACGUUUGUUCUUACACCCUUUCACGGCUUUAGAAUAGGCCAUAGAGCCCAUCAUCAGAAUCAUGGGCAUGCCGACAAGGAUGAAGCUUGGGUGCCGUUGUCUGAGAAGAUAUACAAAAAUUUAGACUCCUCUACCAAAUUCUUGAGAUUCACACUUCCUUUUCCGUUGCUUGCACAUCCUCUGUAUUUGCUGUAUAGGUCUCCCGGGAAGGAUGGUUCUCACUUCGACCCUAACAGUGAAAUAUUUCCUCCAAGUGAGAGAAAAAAUGUGUUCUUUUCAACUGUGUGUUGGACUCUCAUGUUUUUUCUGUUACUCGUCUUAUCUUUUGUCAUCGGUCCAGUCCUAACCAUAAAGCUAUACUGGAUUCCCUACUGGAUUUUUGUAUUGUGGAUUAGCUCCGUUACUUAUCUUAAUCACCAUGGACAUGAUCACAAGGUUCCUUGGUAUCGUGGCGAGGAGUGGAAUUAUCUGAAAGGAGCACUUACAACAGUUGAUCGUGAUUACGGACGGUUCAGUCAUAUUCAUCACCACCUGGGCACCCAUGUUAUACAUCAUCUCUUCCCGCAAAUUCCACAUUAUCAUCUAUUAGAAGCAACUUGUGCAGUAAAGCCAGUGCUCGGAAACUAUUACAAAGAACCACAAAAAUCAGGCCCUAUUCCAAUUCAUUUGAUAAGUGAUCUUAUAAGAAGCUUGGAGGAAGAUCACUAUGUUAGUGAUACAGGAAAUGUUGUAUAUUAUCAAACAGAUGUCGAGCUGCAUAAAUCUUCUUGGAACAAGUUCAUACAUCGGGCUAUUUGCAGAAAGCUAGAAGGGUGAAAGUUUCACUGCAAGCUUUCAGAGUCCUCAAAGGAUGGAAGAUUUACGUACUACAGAUAAACCAUAGAAUCAUCUCUUCCGAAGGGUUAAAAGCAUGGCAAGAUUACUGAAAAGUUGAAGGAUCAGAACCCGCUGUACACGCUUCCUGGAACGUGUAAUGACUUCUCAGACUUCCUAAGCUCUCAUUGCUAGGGCCUCCUAAGAUUUGGCUUCCGCACUUUGUUAAUGUAAAUGUUGAAUUUCCUGAAAGAGUGGAUGCAUAGUAUAAUAGAUAGCUAUCUUCAUCAGUGAUGGUUACUGCAAAUGAAAGCUUCUCCAAUUUUAGUGAAAAUGUUCCUCCAAUUGUACUAGUAUAACAAGAGAUACCAUCAUAAAAUGAGCUACUAAGUUACUAGA